GCCAAGAAGGAGCCAAUGUCCGUGUUCCAGGUGAAGAAGGAGAAGAAAGGCAAGAAGAAAGCUGCCACCAGCAGUGAUGAGGAGGACGAUUCCGACUCCAGCACCAAACCCAUUAGGUCAGAGAAGAAGAAAAACCCAGCAUCCCUCUUUCAGACUGGUGGGGACCCCCCAAAAGAGAAAAAAUCCAAAAAGAAAGUUCCUCCCAAAGGAGAUGAGAGUGAGGAGGAGACCCCAGAGACCCUGCAGAAAAACUCCAACAAGAAGGGGAAAGCAAAGAAAUCAAAGAAGCAGAAGGAGGAGAGGCCCCCGUCCCCUGUGAUCGAGGUGGAGAACCUGGAGGAGUUUGUGCUGCAGCCGGCGCCGCAGGGCGUCACCGUCAAGUGCCGGGUGACACGGGACAAGAAGGGCAUGGACAGGGGGCUCUACCCCACCUACUACCUGCACCUGGACAAUGACAAGAAGGUGUUCCUCCUUGCUGGGAGAAAGCGUAAGAAGAGCAAAACCUCCAACUACCUCAUCUCCAUCGACCCCACUGACCUGUCACGGGGUGGAGAGAACUUCAUCGGGAAGCUGAGGUCCAACCUGAUGGGAACGAGGUUCACCGUGUUCGACAACGGCGCCAACCCCGACAGGGCCAACGCCGACUGGUCCAACGUGCGGCAGGAGCUCUCGGCCGUGGUCUACGAAACCAACGUUUUAGGAUUCAAAGGCCCCAGGAAGAUGACUGUCAUCAUUCCUGGCAUGAAUGCUGACUGUGAGAGGGUGCCCAUCCGGCCCCGGAACGAUAACGACGGCCUCCUGAUGCGAUGGCAGAACAGGAACAUGGACAACGUGAUCGAGCUGCACAACAAAGCCCCAGUGUGGAACGACGAGACCCAGUCCUACGUCCUCAAUUUCCACGGCCGGGUCACCCACGCCUCCGUCAAAAAUUUCCAGAUCGUGCACAGCAGUGACCCUGACUACAUCGUGAUGCAGUUUGGGCGUGUGGCGGACGACGCCUUCACCAUGGACUACAACUACCCCCUGUGCGCCGUGCAGGCCUUCGCCAUCGCCCUCUCCAGCUUCGACGGGAAGCUGGCCUGCGAGUAGCACCUGCACUGGGAGCACUGGGACCACCGGGGCUGCUGGGACCUCCAGGACCACUGGGACUGCAAGGGCCACCAGGGCCACUGGGACUACCAGGACCACUAGGGCUGCUGGGACCACUGGGACCACAGGGUCACUGGGGCCACUGGGGCUGCAGCCAGUGCCCUGAGGAUGCUCCUGCAUCCCUGCCCUGCUCUGCUCCCUGCAUUUUCACCUUCCUGCAGUCCUGGCUUUUCCUGGGGUGGUUCGAGGCACCUGGUGCCUGCUGGGUGCUUGGGAUGCUCACCCAGCUGCAGCCACGCUGCCUCUCCAGGCCAAUUCGGGCCAAAUCGCUGGGCUAGGGUGAUGGCAGAGCCAGGCUGGAGGCGAAUUCAUAUUCAGCAGAUGAGGCUGACUGCAACUCCUGUCUCAUCCCUUUGUUGGACUCAGAUCCUGGAAACUCAUCUGCCCUCUCCCCCGCUUUUUUUUUUUUUGGGUUUUUUGUUUGUCUGUUUUUGUUUGGUUUUUUGGGUUGUUUGUUUGUUUCUAAAGGUUUCUGCUCAGUCUCCCAGUGAGAA